CCUCCUUAUUUUAAGCAUGGAGGUGUAGGGAACUCGAACUGCCAUCGAAAUCGAUGUUUAUUUAGGGAUUUUAUAUUACAUGCAAUAUUAAUUUUCAUAUUUUAGAUACUCGUAAGAAAUCUAAGAUCAUGAAGGAGGUUUUGAUGGUGGCGGAGAAGCCACAGUUAGCCCAGUCUCUGGCUAAAAUCCUGUCCCAAGGAAGUCUGCGAUCUCGCCGCGGAAUGAAUGGAGCGUGCAGUGUCCACGAGUACACGGGGACGUUCCGGGGACAGCAGGCUAAAUUCAAGAUGACAUCAGUGUGUGGUCACGUCCAUGGCCUGGACUUUCAUCCUCGUUUUAACAACUGGGAUAAAGUAGAUCCAUCAGAGUUGUUUGCUGCCCCCACAGAGAGGAAGGAGGCCAAUCCUAAUCUUCACAUGCCUAAAUUUCUCGCUAUAGAGGGCAAGGGCUGUGACUACCUGGUGCUAUGGCUUGACUGUGAUAAGGAAGGUGAAAACAUCUGCUUUGAGGUUAUCAGCUGCGUACAGGGUGUCAUGACGAGACCAACCGGAAGGGAACAGGUAAUCUUCCGUGCUAAAUUCAGUGCCAUCACAGACAAGGACAUCAGACAGGCCAUGAACACCCUGGUAGAGCCUAACGAGAACGAGGCCUUGUCUGUCGACGCAAGGCAGGAACUGGAUCUCAGGAUUGGAUGCGCUUUUACUCGCUUCCAGACCAAGUACUUUCAGGGUAAAUAUGGUGAUCUGGACAGUACCCUGAUCUCCUACGGUCCUUGUCAGACUCCAACCCUUGGCUUCUGUGUGAACAGGCACGAUAAGAUCCAGUCCUUCAAGCCUGAACCCUUCUGGGUCAUUCAGAUACAGGUAACUCACGAGAGUGGAAGAAAGCUAAACCUUGACUGGGAUCGAGUGAGAGUCUUUGACAGAGAAGUGGCUCAGAUGUUUCUCAAUAUCAUCAAAACACAGAAAGAUGCAAGGAUUACAUCGGUGUCGCAGAAGGAGAAAGCCAAACAGCGCCCCCAGGCUCUCAAUACGGUAGAGUUGAUGCGUGUGGCGAGUUCAUCGCUUGGUAUGAGUCCCCACCAUGCCAUGCAGAUAGCCGAGAGGCUCUACAUACAGGGAUACAUCAGCUACCCAAGAACAGAGACAACAAGCUAUCCUGAGAGCUUUGACCUUAAGGGUACCUUGCGGCAACAGAUGUCGGCGCCCUGGAGGUCCGAAGUAAAGGUCCUCCUUGACGGAGAAUUCACCAAGCCCAGGAAAGGAACCGACGUAGGAGAUCAUCCUCCUAUCACGCCGAUGAGAGCCGCUAACGAGAGUGAGGUGGGAGGAGAGGCGUGGAGGCUGUAUGAGUAUAUUGCCAGGCACUUCAUCGCUACAGUGAGCCCCGACUGUCGCUACCUGCUCACCACCAUCCGUCUGAUGAUCGGAGAGGAGGGCUUCAGCUGCACCGGUAAGACCCUGAUCAGCGAUGGCUUCACUGCAGUCAUGCCCUGGCAGGCCAUCCAAGAUGAAGAGAACCUUCCCAACGUUACCAAGGGGGAUAUGUGCUCCAUUGAAGAGGCCAAGCUGAGUGAACGCCAGACCAGCCCUCCCGACUAUCUGACCGAAAGUGAACUGAUCUCCCUCAUGGAGAAGCACGGUGUAGGUACAGACGCCAGCAUACCCGUUCACAUCGAGAACAUCUGUCAGAGGAACUAUGUGAAGGUGGAGAGUGGGCGUCGUCUAGUACCCACAAGGCUUGGCAUUGUUCUGGUCCAUGGAUAUCAAAAGAUUGAUCCAGACCUGUCUCUUCCCACCAUGCGAUCUGCGGUGGAGGAGCAGCUAAACCUGAUCGCGCAUGGCCAGGCCGACUUCAACUCUGUUCUGAUACACACCAUAGACAUCUUCACCAGGAAGUUCCUCUACUUUGUAGAUCACAUACAAGCAAUGGACGAUCUCUUUGAGGUCUCCUUCUCGCCUCUGGCUGCCACCGGGAAACCCAUGUCAAGAUGCGGAAAGUGCCAUCGCUUCAUGAAGUACAUCUCGGCCAAGCCGAUGCGUCUUCACUGCCCUACCUGCGAAGAGACGUACAGCCUCCCUCAGAACGGCUCCAUCAAACUCUACAAGGAGAUCAGAUGCCCCCUGGAUGAUUUCGAGCUGGUCCUGUGGUCUUCAGGGCCGAAGGGAAAGAGCUACCCGGUGUGCCCCUACUGCUUCAGCCACCCCCCUUUCACGGAGAUGAAGAAGGGACAGGGAUGCAACGGAUGCACCCAUCCCACAUGUGCCCACUCCUUAACCAUGCUGGGCGUGGCUCAGUGUAUUGAGUGCGAUGAGGGGGUAAUGGUGUUGGACCCUUCCUCGGCACCCAAGUGGAGACUCGCCUGCAACAAAUGCAACAUCAUCAUGAACAUCUUCGAGGAUGCUCACAAGGUGACCUUGUCGGGUCACCUGUGCGAAAAGUGUGAUGCUUCCAUUCUAAAUGUCAACUUCAACAAGAACAAAACUCCACUUGAGGGUGGCGAGACCUACCACAAAGGAUGUAUCUUCUGCGACCCCAUCUUGACCCCUCUCACGGAGGCCCAGCAUGCCAGGUUCCGUCGCAGGCGUGGCGGAGGAGGGGGUACCGUCGGGAGAGGGCGUGGUAGGGGGAGGGGCAGGGGGCGGGGCCGAGGAAGAGGUAGGGGAAAACCCAAGGACAAGAUGUCACAGCUGGCCGCUUACUUUGUUUAGAGGGUUUGCAUGUCAAAGGUCGGAACUCAUGCUGGGUCAAGCUUAACUCUUUAGAUGCCACAAAAAUAAUCUCCGUCAGCCACACUGUAUUUAUCAAGUGAUAGAUACACCAAAGGCUUCAAGACCAUUCAACUGUUUCAAGUGCAAAAGUAAUGUGUACCAGUGUUAAAGACUCUGCACUAGUUUGGCGUGGAGGGAUUAGACCUCCCUGCAAGUUCACUGACAUGUGGUCAUCCCAUCAAAUUAGCUCUCAAUUAACAUAAGAAAAAGGGCAUCCUGGGGGAUCAACCGGUACUGCUUAGGCAUUGUUAGCUAUAUAGAGGGCUCAAGUAGCUAUAAGUAGUGCAAUGGGGCUUUAAAAGGGUUGUCAUGGAGCUAAUCAAGACCAGCAAAUUGACAAUUUUUUUAAUUCAUUGAGUUGCAUAAAGCAAUCCUUUUGUCAUUAUUGAAAAAAUGCUGCAUUUUUGCCACUUUAUUUCUGGAAGAUGCUUUAACCACUUGACUGCUCACCACGUACAUGUACGUGUUCUCGCUCUUGCAUGUCUGUGCGCACCACGUACAUGUAAAUGCUUAGGGCAUUGCACUUUCAAGACCGUAGCACUGCAUAAUGCCAAGCCCUGCUGUGUAAUUAGCACUGCAAUGAUGUUAUACAGGUCUUGAACAGUAGAUGGCG